AUGAUUCAAAAAUCAGCUGAUCUUAGAGUUCUCAGUGAUCCAGCCGAGCAGACGAAGCCCUCCAUGUCAGUACUGAUGAGUCCACAAUCGCAGGAUUUGACACGUCACCUCCAAGAACAAGAAGAUGAGAAAGACGACGAUGGUGACGACGAUGAUGACGACGAAGAUGAUGACGACAACGACGAUGACGACAACAACGAUGAUGACGACGAUGGUUUCAUUUCCCAAGAAGCCAUCACCACCACCGCGACUGCUGCAACAAUAGAGAGCAUUGUUUCCACCAGCGCUGUGGUUGAACCACAUGAUGGACCCUCGAUUUCAAACAGUUCCCAGAACAGCUCUGAUGGUCGCACAUGGGAAUGGAAUCUGGGCCCGCUUUGUGUCGUUGGUGCUGCGGCAAUCGCUCUUAUCGUGUCGCUAAUUGCAUUGAAGCAGCGCAAGAAGAAGCAGGAAAUACCCCAACAGCGCACCAUGGGAGGAUUCACAUCUGACGUUGUUGACUUUUAUCUUCGUGACCCCGAACUGGACUUGUCAACUGUUGCAACUGGUAGCACGACUAGUCUUUCAAGCAAAGCAAUUGGCGGCGGAUAA